GGUGGGGCGGGCGGAACAACGAAGCUUCGAGAAAAUUCAACCACGGGAGGCCCAUUCCGACUCCCGACAAAUAGGUUACACAACGUGUGCGUUUGCCGGCUAAGGUUCAAGCUUCCCGAUCAACUCGUCCUACGCGCCAGUUAAGAUAAUUCCACAAAAUGGCCGUCGCCGCUGCAGCUAAGAGGUUGAUCCCACUUUUUGAUCGAGUACUGAUACAGAGGGCUGAAGCUGUGACUAAAACAAAGGGUGGCAUUGUUAUCCCAGAAAAAGCUCAAGCCAAAGUACUCAGAGGCACUGUUGUCGCAAUCGGUCCUGGAUCUAGGAACAAUAAGGGAGAACACGUACCUUUGAGUGUCAAAGUCGGAGAUGUUGUGCUGCUGCCGGAAUAUGGUGGAACGAAAGUUGAGCUUGAAGAGAAUAAGGAGUUCCACCUAUUCCGCGAAUCGGAUAUCCUCGCUAAAUUGGAAUCUUAAAUCUGUUGUAAAUUCAACAUUCAAUGAAUGCCAGAAACUGAAUAUUUGUGGUAGAAUGUCCAUAAUCUCAGCGUGACAUACCAAAUACGAACACAGCCAUCAUCCGUGUUUGUAGAAUGCAACUAAUAAUUGUUAAUUAGAAUUAAUUGAAAGUUAUGUUUAUUUCUCUGUAAGUCUGCUAGUGCGUAGGUGUCAUUAUUUCAUACACAACGUUUCAUAACGAAUAAAAAUAUUUGUUUAACAAU